AUGGCAUAAAUGGCAAUGGAUAACAGCUUUGUUGAGAUAAUUUAAAACUAACUUGUAUCUUUGGUUUAAAAAAAAUAACAAAAAUUUCAAUGGUUUUAAUUCAGAUAAGAUGCUCCUUCUUACGUGAAAAUAAAUGUUGCUGAAGAUGGUAAGAUGUUUACGAGAGAAGAUAAGGAGGAUAAAGGUCUUCUUUGGUAUAAAAAUCUUAAUUUUCCUCCAAUAAAUAUCUCUAUCAAAAGUACUAGGCCUAUAUAAAAUACAGAGAGCCUAAAGUGUUAGAUUACAGCUGUAAAAUUAAGAAGUAAUGAAAAACCAGAACAAUCAUCACUAAUUGGAGAUUUAGAACAAUAAUUCAAUCAAAAUACUGCGUGCUUUUAAAAACUGAAAUUCACUUAAACAUCUCAUAAAUGUGGCAUGUGCCUCUUUUCUCUCGUCAUAACUAUAUUUAACGACAGUGAAGAUGCUUCACAAGGAGAAGCAGGUUUAUGGUCAAUUUUUUAUUCAUCACCCUUUGAAAUAGAGGCAAGAUAGAGAACUCUCCCUGAGAGAGUUGCAGUUUAAAAAACUACAUAUUGGUCUCUAUUCAAUCCCUUCUUACCUGUUUUCCUAGAUAAAUAAUAUGAAGCUAAGAAUAGAGAUGGAUAAAACCAAACUAUUGGAUGCGAUAUAGACGGAAUGUUCAUGUACUUAAGAUCUCCUAUAAUUCGUCAUAAAGUCUUUCAUCCUAUAUUCUUGCUUUUGAAAUUUAGAGAUUCAGUUAGGCUAUUUUACAAUAAGAAUUUAAUUAAAAUCUAAGAGGGAGAAAAUUUAUUUUCAAAGUUACAAAGAUAAAUAUUUGAAAUGUUAUGGCAACAUGACAAACCAGUUUUUUUGGAUGAAAACAAACUAUUUUUACUGACUCUUAAAAGAAAAGACAACGAAAGUCCUUUAACUCAAAACGAAAAAUAAAUUAUAAAAUACUUGAAAAGUUUAAAUGGGCCAAUAGUAACUUUUAUGGCUCCUCAAUCGGAAUCUUUCCCCAAAAAUUUCACAGAAAUCAAAUACAGUGAUGGUCUUAUAUAAAAGUAUAGAGAAGGAUUUUUAUCAAUGGCUUUAAUUGAUUUCAAGCGCUCUAAAAUGAGCGAAGCUGAUAAAAAUUUGAUGCUAGAAUUUUAAGCUACUUCUUAUUAAAGUAGUGACUUGCAAUCUGAAAACUCAGCUUAAAAAACAAAUCAACAAUCCUUCGCACAAACAAUAAUUUCUAUAAAUAACAAACACAUCUAUAACAGGAAAGAAAGAACUGAGUUCUAGUGCAUUACCCAUAAGAAUUCAAGCUCAAGCUAGCCUCAAAAUUUUUAGAAUAUUUAUUAAAAUGAAUAAAAAAUUAAUGAAAUUAAUGGCAAAAGAACUUUUGCUGAAUUUGAAUAAGAAACUAAAAGAGACGAUUUAAAUAUAUCAGAAGUUAGAGAUCAAUUGAAAAAAUUAAUCAGGAAAAGUGAUGAUCAGCCUAAAUAAAUUUCUUAACCUGACUUUUCCUCUUAAAAUUUAUAAAAGUAAAAAGAAAGUGAGGACUAAAACAAAGCCAGCUAAGAUAAUCUAUAAUUGACUUAAUUAAUAGACGGAAAUAAAAACUUUUAAUAUAAUGAAACAAAUAAUAAAUUUAACAAACAAUAUGAAUAGUAAUCCUAAUAGUUUCAGAAAUAAAGUAGCUCAUAGUCAAUUUAGAAUGCUGUCACCUAAAAAGUUAGAUUCCAAGGUGACCUUCCUGGGUUUUCAGAAGGUGAUAUGAACAAGUCAUCAUCUCCUGUAGUUUAGUCUAUUAAUUAAGAAUAAAUGCUCUAAACAUAGACAACUAUGCCUUAAUCAGGAAGCUCCUAAAAUACAUAAUAAAAUGUUUAAAUAUUCCAAGAUACUUCAAUUUCUGAUAGAAACCCAUCGAUGAUUUAUAUGCAACCAAAUACAUAAAAUGUUGGAUAAGUAGUAUCUUAAUAAUAGUAAUGUCCUCCGAUGGUUAUAUAAAUGGGAGUUAUGCCUCCUCAAAUGUAGCCAAUGUACGUACCUCAACAAAAAUAACCAAACUAAUAUUUUUAGAUGCCUAUGUAUAUUUACCCAUAGACUUCUGCAUAAAUGCAACCAUUUUUCUAUAUGUAGGGGUAAAAUUAAAUAUAAUAAUCAUCUGUAAAUAACUACUACCAAGACCUAAUACAAAAGUAGUAGUAAAUAAUACUGGAAUAGCAAAAGAAGCUAGAGGAAAAAUAAAAGCAAAUAAGUUGA